CGUCACUUAAAAGCCACGCCUCUCCACAGCGCUGCAACUGGAAAAUACACUACUGGCUGAAGGAAUGCGGACUGAUUGCUUUUGAAGUCAGCAAAUCAUGGCUGGCUUCAGACAGGAGGAUGUAGAGCUUUAUUAUGAGAUGGGAGAGGAGCUAGGAAGUGGACAGUUUGCCAUUGUGCGUAAAUGUAAAGAAAAGAGUACGGGAGCAGAAUAUGCUGCCAAGUUUAUCAAGAAAAGGCGGCUGUCGUCCAGCCGAAGGGGUGUGAGCCGAGAAGAAAUUGAGCGAGAGGUGAACAUCCUUCGAGAGAUCCAGCACAGCAACAUCAUCACCCUCCAUGACAUCUUCGAGAACAAAACCGAUGUGAUCCUCAUCCUGGAGCUGGUGUCUGGAGGAGAGCUGUUCGACUUUCUGGCUGAGAAGGAGUCGUUGACUGAAGAGGAGGCCACACAGUUUCUCAAGCAGAUCCUGGAUGGAGUGCACUACCUCCACUCUAAACGCAUAGCACACUUUGACUUGAAGCCUGAGAACAUAAUGCUGCUGGAUAAGAAUGUUCCUAAUCCCAGAAUCAAGUUGAUAGAUUUUGGAAUUGCACAUCAAAUUAAGGAUGGACAUGAAUUUAAAAAUAUCUUUGGAACUCCUGAAUUUGUUGCCCCGGAAAUUGUAAAUUAUGAGCCCCUCGGUCUGGAGGCAGACAUGUGGAGCAUUGGCGUUAUCACAUAUAUACUUUUGAGUGGUGCUUCUCCAUUUCUUGGUGAAACCAAACAAGAAACACUGACCAACAUUUCAGCUGUUAACUAUGACUUUGAUGAAGAGUACUUCAGCAACACAAGUGAGCUUGCCAAGGACUUCAUUCGCCGAUUGUUGGUCAAGGAUCCCAAGAAGAGAAUGACAAUUGACGACAGUCUCCAACACCCCUGGAUCAAGGUGAUUAAGAGGCGAAAUGUGCGGCCAGAGGAGAAUGAGCGCAAGCCGGAGCGUAGGCGUCUGAAGACCACCCGUCUGAAGGAGUAUACCAUUAAAUCCCACUCCAGCAUGCCUCCCAACAACACCUACAUCAACUUUGAGCGCUUCUCCCAGGUGAUGGAGGAAAUAGGCGUGGCCGAGGAUGGCCUGCGAGAGCUGGAGAAGAACCAGCGCUCGUGCAGAGAAGAUGUGGCUGCUUUGCUCUCCAUCUAUGAGGAGAAGGAAGGCUGGUACAAAGAGGAGAACGAGAGCAUCGCCUCAGAUCUGAAUCGGAUCAAACAGGAGCUGCAGAGAGUGCAAGCCCUCCGCAGACAGAGCCAAGAGGAGGCACGGGCCACCAUGCUGUCGGCCAAUGCCCUCAAACGCAAGUUUUGUCGGCUGGAGAAGCGCUACGAAGUGCUGGCUGAGCAGAUGGUCUCUGAGGUGCGCUGGGUGGAAGAGCUGAUGCGAUCGAUUUCUGCUGAAAAUGACGUUCGCAACACCGGCAUGGCAUGAGCUGCUCCGUUCGCUUUCUAAACGCAAUGACUAUAUUCCAUCUUUGCUUUGUGUGUGCAGGGCAGGUGAGGUAGAGUAUUAAGCAGAAUAUUGCAAUAAGCUUCAUGCAUGUCUUUCGGUUAUAUAUGUUUACUCAGGCUCCCAGAUCGAAAGAGCAAGCAACGUUAAAGCAUUUUUUAUAUAAAGGCUGAGUUAGGGUGCGCAUGCGUUAAGAAUGAGCAAUUCGCCUGUUUAUUGCAUUAAGUGAUGCCAGGUUAUUGCAGCUGAUGCCAACGUAUAGCAUUCAACUCACCACAUUUAAAAUAAAUGCUAGAUGAGUCGAUUAAAAAAGGUUUAUGUGAUUUGAAAUUAAGAUGUGCCAGAUCUACUACUUACAGGGAUUAUUUGCCCAAAAGUGAGAGAUGUGUGGUCAUUUACUCAUCCUCAUUUCAUUCCAAACCCACAAGACUCUUUCUUGUGAAGAGUCUAGAAUGUGGAAGGGGACCAGAGACAGCUGUGGUCACCAUUCACUUUCACUGUAUGAAAAGUAGCUGCUUGAACAUUGUGCUUGAACAAAGUUCUUAUUUUGUCUUCCAAAGGGUAAGUAAAUGAUAAAAUCAUUUCCAUUUAAUAAUCAGUUACAAAAAGCACUAAAAGCAAAGCAACUUAAAUUUACAUUGUGAAAAAUGCAAUACACAGUCCUCUAUGAGGAAUGAAAGAAUCCCUAGAUUUAUAGGCUUAUUAACAGGUGUUGUUGUUGACAGUUGCUUAUGAUGUGCUGCAAGUCUGAUGUGAAGCACCGCUUUGCAUAUGCAAAUGAAAUGCUCAUUUUAUGUGUAGAGACUAAGUCUUAAGAAAUUACUUAUCACAUACUAGUUCUAACAGCUUUCUUGAAUUAUCUAUACAUAUACUGUAUCUAGUACUCUGCUUGAUUUAAAUUCAGUAAGCUGCUUCUGUCUUGAAAUAUGACAUUUUAUGCUUUUCUUUUACUCAAAAGAAACUUCAAACAUUCCAUUUUUCUUGCAUGACAUUCCACAUGACAUUCCAUGUGGAGAUGAAUGUUAGUAACUCAUAGGAAAUAGUUGCAUGCUCGUUUGUUAAGUCAUACCAUUGCUCAUAUCUGUCAGUUUACAGAACUGUACUCUCCCAUUAUUUGUUUUAUUUACAACAAACUUGUAUAUACAUUAAAAGGUCCAUUAAAUUAAAAGAACUGUAGAGAAAUACAAUUGCAGUGUCUUUAUUUG